GUUAAAAACAGACUUUGUUUAUUUUAAAGGGUGCUGCGGAAAUGUCCAUGGACUAGUUUUCUCUUUGCGCAUCGUUUUUUUCAUGCUCUUGUCCGAUUUAUUCUGAAAGGAGUAGUAGUUAUAUAUUGUUUAUCAUAAAAAAAUUGUCGAAUUUAUUUGACAUUAAUUUUGCUACUACAUUUCAUAUUUUGUUUGGUAUUAUAGCUGACGUGAUAUAACGCGACCAAGCAAGCUGCCUGAGGACCAAACGGUGGGGAUUGCUAUCAAACGGUAAACAACCAUUUCAAGAGCGCCAUGUCGACGGAAGUGGAGACAUGGACCACCGUUCAAAAACACGAUGGGGUGUUAUCCUUCGAUGACGAUGUGGAGGUGGACCAUCCCUAUGGCGAUGAGGACGAGGCUGCGCUCGAGGCGGAGGUGAACGGCAACUGGACGCCACAGGAGAAGGCGCUCCACGAGGCGCGGCUCAAGGCCAAGCGGCGUGUGCGCAAAUCGUCAUCCCGCAGCGAGUCGCUCUCCGAGUCGCUGUCGGGUGAGCUGGCCGACGGCGACUCCCACAGCCCCAAGGGCAAGGUGCCCAUCCCCAACGACCGCAAGUCCAGGACGGGCAAGGGCCGGGGCCUGCCCAAGAAAGGUGGUGCAGGGGGUAAAGGUGUGUGGGGAGCAGCAGGGAUGGUGUACGAGGUAGAGGAACCAGAUGUCAAGGACCCCAACUACGACGAGGUUGCACAGGGAGACACAGUGUACGCCACAGUUGUUCCAGAGCUGGACGAGAGAGAACUGGAGAAGACCAUCAACCCCAUCGUACAGGAGUACUUUGAACACGGGGACACAAAAGAAGUCCAGAUGCUGCUGAAGGAGCUGAACCUUGGCCACCACAAGUACGAGUUCUCCAGCCUGGCCGUGUCCCUGUCUCUGGAGGGCAAGGCCAGCCACCGGGAGCUCACCUCCAGGCUGCUCCGUGACCUGGUCGGCAAGGAGCUCUCAGAGUCCGACAUGGCCCGAGCCUUCGACAAGAUCCUCAAAGAGCUGCCCGACCUUAUGCUGGACACGCCAGAGGCCCCACAGAUGCUGGGACAGUUUAUUGCCCGAGCCAUCGCGGACCACGCUCUACCUAUGGCAUUCCUGGACCGCUACAAAGGCAAGGUGGACUGCGACCACGCUAGAGCUGCGUUGGACCGCGCGGCGGUGCUCCUCUCCAUGAAGAGAGAGAUGGUGCGGCUAGACAACGUGUGGGGCGUGGGCGGCGGCCUCAGACCUGUCAAACACCUCGUCAAAGAGAUGAACUUGCUGCUGAAGGAGUACUUGGUAUCGGGAGAGGUGAAGGAGGCAGAACGCUGUCUGCGGGACCUAGAAGUACCUCACUUCCACCACGAGCUUGUCUAUGAGGCUGUUGUCAUGGUGCUGGAGUCUAAGGGGGACACGGCCAUCAAGAUGAUGUGUAAGCUCCUCCAGGCCUUCUGGAAGAUUGGCCUCAUCACAGUGGACCAGAUGAACCGGGGCUUCCAGCGUGUGUACGACGAGCUGCCAGAGAUUAACCUGGAUGUACCCCAUGCCCACUCAAUCAUGGAGUCCUUUACGGACCUCUGCUACCAGGAGUCUGUUAUCACCAAACAGUUGAGAGACUCCUGUCCCUCCAGGUCAGUCCCAGUGUUGAGUGGUGCAAACUCUUUCAUUUUGUCUAUUGGGUAUAGUCAGUCCCUCCAGGAUUCUGCGAUCACAUUUAUUUUAGCAAAAUCAAGAAUUGCCUGCAAAUUAUGCGAGGGCUUGCAAAUUUGACCAAUCACUGCACUA